AAAAAAGCCGCAAAUAUGGCGGAUGUUAAUAUAUGUUUAAUAAAAACAUCUCGCGCGAUGUAAAGCCACUGGAACAAAGCUUUAAUUUAAGUGCUGAAGCGGUGACGUGCCGAUGAGCCGAAAUGCCUCCGAAGAUCCUGAAGAGCGCUCAUUACAUAGAACUGGGCAGCUAUCAGUACUGGCCGGUUCUCGUGCCCAGAGGGAUCCGGCUCUACACGUAUGAACAGAUCCCGGUGUUCCUGAAGGAGAACCCGUACAUUACAGAUGGGUACCGAGCACAUCUGCCUUCUCGCUUAUGUCUGAAGAGCAUGUUCAUUCUGUCCAAUGAGACGGUGAACAUCUGGAGCCAUCUGCUGGGCUUCGUGUUGUUCUUCAUGUUGGGCGUGAACGACAUGGCCACAGUGUUACCAGCUGCAGGAGCCUCUAGAGAGGACUAUGUCAUCUACUCCAUAGGGCUGUUUUGCUUUCAGGUGUGUAUGCUGUGCUCUGUGGGUUAUCACCUUUUCUGCUGCCAUCGCUCGGAGAAGACGAGCCGUCGCUGGCUGGCCCUGGACUACGCCGGGAUCUCAGUGGGAAUUUUGGGAUGCUACGUCCCGGGAGUGUUCUACGCCUUCUACUGCGACGGGUUCUGGAGACAGGUGUACCUGAUCACGAUUCUGGCUCUGAUCCUGGCCGUGUUUUCGGCUCAGAUCCACCCGCUGUACCACACUCAGGAGUGGAAGAUGCUGCGCUCGGCCAUUUUCUGCUCCGUGGCGGCGUACGGAAUCAUCCCCGCCUGCCACUGGGUUUGGCUCAAUGGAGGCUUCCACUCUCAGAUUGUGCAGGCGUUUUUCCCACGAGUCAUGGUCAUGUAUCUGAUCGCUGCCUCCGCUUUCCUGUUCUACAUCAGUAAAAUCCCUGAGCGCUACUUCCCAGGGCAGCUGAACUACCUCGGUGCCAGUCACCAGCUGUGGCACGUCCUGGUGGUGCUCAUGUUUUACUGGUGGCACCAGUCCGCCAUCUACAUCACCCAUUACAGGCACAGUGAGCCGUGCCCGAGGUACACCUAGUUCCUCUUUAGACCUGAGGCUCUCCACACUUCAGCAUCUCUCCUGCUGUUUACAUUCUAGCAUGAGGAUGCAAAACACAGGGAUGUUCCAGCUCCUCCCUGAGCUCUGCUAUAGCAUGCCUGUAGAUGGAAUAAAUACUGGAUUGCAGAUUUUUUUCUUUAUUUCUAAGGUACUGUAUUUGAUCAGCAGUGACAUGUUCCCUUUCAGUCGAUUCACUCGGUACAACACAUAACGUAUUAUCACGCCCCCUCAUGUCCUGGCUGAAGCCAUCUAUAUUCAUGCCGUAAAUGCAGUCAAACCUGUAGUGACGUACAGUAGGUGUAGCCCCGCCUAUACCUACGGUUGACUCUCAGUCCUUAUGUUCUUCACUUCGCUGUAAACACCUUUUUCGUAGAGUUUUCUAGGUGCUGCUAGUCAACUCUACAUUUUACAUCAUAAGACUGAGGUUAAAAUCAGCUUAACUGUCCCUGUUGGUGUUAGCGACAACAGACACAUUUGGUGAGUCGUCUACCCGCGGAGCGCUGACUUUAAGUUCACUGUCAGUCAGAGCAUUAGCGACAUCUCAGUUUGGUUGGCUUCUGUUUAGCCGGGCUAACGGUGUUAUCUAGUAUGAGCAUGGAAGCUAAUGUGGCAAAAAAGAAGUCCGCUGUUUGUCCCCUGUCCUUAGGAGUGUGGCUUCUCUUUGCAUGAGAAGGACCAGCACGAAGCAUGCUCCGUCUGUCUGGGAAUUCUACAUGCUAGGAGAGUGCUAGCUGAGCCCGAGUCAUGUGCACUUUGUCGCCAGGUCCGGCUUUUAACGCUGGAAAGACGAGUCAUGUUUGUGGAGAGAAUCCUGGGGAAAAAAUACAGUCGCUCAGCAGGACCCCCUCCUUUCCGAAUUAGCAGUUUCAGCUUCGUCUGUCCUCUGCGAGGAACAACGCAGGCUUCACAUCAACUAUUUGGAGCUGUUGGCGGUGUUUUCAGCCCUGAGACAUUUUCGUCUCUGACAGGCCAUCAUAUUCUGAUCAGGACAGACAGUGGUGUCGUAUAUAAACAGACAAGGGGGAAAU